AUCCGGUCGUCCACAUGACAUUCAACCCGCCACGAAUCCAAUAUCGCCUUCUGAUGAUAUCUCUUUCUUGACCUUGGAAGGAAUCGGUAGUACGUUGAGGUAGACGUGCGCAGUGGGGUAGGGGACCUUGGACUGCAGGAUCCCAUCGAUAUCCUUCGGGAUGUCGACGGACAGCGAGGCGCAUUGAAAGCCGGACACGGUCAACAAUUACAGCUCUUCUCCGAGCCCGUUAUCCGAUGGCGACGCAACCAAGAGACCUCUCAAAUCGCUUGCUGUGCAGAGCGCUAUCCGGAUCGUUUAGGAAAGAGGGGUUUUGGCUGUCAGAUAUAGUAACGGUUAGGCUCUCUCCCAGUACCUUUGGCGUCGAAAGACACUUGGAUGGAAUUCAUGGAACAGUUUUGGGCUUGUAUUUGCUGCCACGCUUGCUUAUGGAUGUUCGGAACUGAACAUGGAUACAUCAGCCCCAGAAACCUACUUCUCGACACGGAAAGUCGACAAGGGAUAUUCAUUGACUGCGAUAGUAGUCCAGCCUUGAAUGAUGGAACGUCCAGCUCGCAAGUUACCGGGACACCUCAUUUCAUGUCUAGAUCUCAAGACUCGCUAACCUUCCACCAUCGGACGGAACAACGGGUCCAACGCCGAUAUCGCCAUGACCUUGAAUCAUUUGCCUGGGUCUUGUUUUGGGUCAUCUGUCAUAGUUUGAGCGAGGACAACGCUCGUUUUUUAUCAAAUCAUGGAUGAAGGCAAUACAAUACAGAGAAGCCCAUCGGGAGCAUUCGGUCAUCCUUUGUCUCCUGUCGCAAGGAACACAUCCCAAACCGAGCGAUUUACCCGAUGAGCUCUUUGACGCUGCAUACGGCUUUCUUUUGAUGAUAGUAAGAGCUUCGCACAGUGCGACGGACUUGCAAUUGAGACGCAGGCUGAAGAUUGAUGGAAUGCUUGAUGAGAAGGAUAACAAGGAAUUGGAGAUACUUGAGUCUAUUGACUUUGUGAGGCAGCUCGCUACAUCUAAAGACGUGGAUUCUAUGCGGGAGAAUUUAGGAGGAAAUGGGCAUGUUCAACAUAUUAUUCAGCGUCUCGAUUGGUUGCAGACUACUACUACUCAACCCCAAGCUCCAACGCCGCAGGUCCCGUAG